AUUAAAGCGAAUGGGCUAGCCUAGCAGGAUCAGAGAAGUAGGUCACUUAUACUCGUGGUGGCUAGUUGUUGUGGCUAGAAGAUAGUAAGUUGAGUAAACGUUGUAUCCGAGAGACCCAUAUUUCAGCAACAGCCCAUCACAUGGGUUCACCCGGUUCUAUACACGUCCCUGUGUGUUCGCCAUCAUGACAGCCGCUAACCAGACGUGCUAAAUUUAGCAGCCACAUUGCGCGACUGCGACUAACGAAUCAAUGCUUGGUCAGCUAACGCGGCAGUCAGAAAUCACCAACAUGCUUCCUCGGACAUACCCACCGGAGGCGGUGCGGACAUAUUUGAAGAGGAUUCGUCUGGCCCAACAAACCGGUUUAAGCAACUUUGAUGAAACUUUUGAUACUGCUAUUGCAAGGCUAAUAAAAUCUCAUGCAGAUGCGAUCGGCUGUACAAGGGAGACAAUCCUGUUUCCCCUGCUAGUAGCAGUUUCGGCUUGCAUGGGUUCUGAGACGGAUGUUAAUAUCGACACUGAUUGGUCGGAAAAGCCGAUUCUCUGGAUUCUUGUGGCGGGGAGAAGAGGUGAUAAGAAAACACCAGCACUGAAAAGGAUAAAGUCUGCAAUUUGUGGUUUGGAAAAAGAAAUUCAAGCUUUAUACAGGACCCAGAACUCCGAGAUAAGUGACAGACAUUACCCGAGGUUUGUGAUAGACGAACAUAAUCUUCCACAGGCAGAGGAAAGUAUAAAGAUGACUCCAGGGGCCCACACUUUGGUAGGGAUGUUCGAUAACUUUGGAACCUUUCUAAGACAGCGAUAUCUGGAAUCUAAAUUCCUUGACCCUCAGCUUCUGUUGUCGAUGUACGAUUCAUCUGUCAGCCUGUCUUCUGGAGCACACCUUGAAGAUGCGCCGUCAAGUGUCUACUGUAGCUUUCUGGCCAUGAUAGAAGCUAUAGAUGCAGCGGCUCUAAUGGAGAUGUUUGAUGCUGAUGGCUUGUCUGAUCGAGUUCUUGUCGUCUGCCCGAGGGACCAUGGAUGUCAUUCAGAGCAGAUGACGUCAUCCUCUGUGGAAGCCCUGCCUCCAAUUCAGCGCAUUCUGUCCAGCAUCAGGAACUACCACCAGGUGCAGACGGUGUCUUACGUCUUCACCGAGGAUGGCCGGGCCACGUUUCAAAGAUGUAGAGCAGAGCUGGAGUUGUGGCAGAGUGGCUUCCUCUACGACGAGAGAAGACGAGGGGUGCUAGCUAAAGCUGCUGGUCAACUGGCCCGAAUCUGUGCCGUGCUCACGGCACUCAAGAACGGACUGGACCUAUCUGCACGUGGGUAUGGCGCCCAGGUACUGCCAUCCACGGUCAUAACAUCAGACACCGUUGACUCCGCGAGGCAGAUCCUGAUGUAUCUGAUCAACCAGAAGAUGUCGUUCCUACCCAACGAGGAAAGCCUGGGCGAGGACAACACGUGGGAGGACAUGCAGGAUAGGAACGACGUCAGCCACGACACUUCCUUCAUCGACGGCCCGCCUCAAGUAGGCCACAAGCACGUGCAAGAGACGAUCUUCAUGCCCCAGGUGGGGAGAGUGGGGCGAUGGACGGAGGAGGGACUGUCGAUCACACCAGGAAGGGGUCAGUCAGGAAAAAAGUCGAAUAUGGAUUUUCAGACAUCAACUUACUCCAAAGCGCAAGAAACAUCUUCCGGUGGCUCUGUGUACAUGUCAAGUGGCGAUUCCAGAUCGCCGUGGAUGGUACAUUCCUCAACAGAAAACGAGCAACAUGCUGUUGAUAUUGUCCGAUGCAAGCGACCGCGACACGAUGAUGGAGACAGAGGUAAGGUACUUGGAGCAGUUAGGGAGCAGCACAAGGUUCACAAGGAGGUGGCCGUUAUUACCGUUGACGACGAGGGCAGCGGUGACGGUGACAACCUGGAGGAGGGUACAGACAGUGCUGUCAUACAUAUCAAUGCGUCAGUCACUAACAUGCCCCAGGGCAACGAACCCUGGAGUAUACAGAUUCCUAUCGAGGAGGACGCAGACCUUCACAAUCAAGGGUUAGACCAAAAGAGCCCUAAAUCUGGACUAACGCCUAGCUGUUUCCGAUCGUUUAGGACGUCAGUGAAUAUGUUUCAGCUGACAGAUGAACAGUUGUUAGUCCUCUGUGCUCACAAGAUCAAGAAGCUUCUUUUACUCCCAGGUAUGAUAGCUUCUGCUGCGAGUAUAUGUCAGAAAAGACUCUUCCCACCCGUCCCGAGGGAGCUGAGGAUCGAACACCCUCGCACCACACACCCAGUAUGGGGAGCUCUGGCGUUUCUCAAGCGACUGGUGGGGCUGGGUCUUGGGGAGUUAGUUCAUGCGCUGUACCGGAUGCAGUCCAUCCACUUCCGGAAGAUACGACUUGAACACAUGACCCGGGAGGCCAGGGACUUGUUGAAGACGGUGGGGGUGGAUGAGGAGGAGUAUGAGAGGUCGUACCCGAAGUUUGACGACAGUCAUCUCACGUCAUUUGUGCUUAUUAGUGACACAGACAGAGCCAUUAGACAGAGGUUAAGGGCAGACGGGCAGACUAUAAACCACUCAGCGCUUGUUGGUUGCCAUGGUAACUCACAGUCACAUGAUUCAUAAACGAUUUACGUAUGAGUGAGUGAGUGAGCGAGUAAGGAAUGAGUGUUUGAGUGUAACCCCGCUUUAAGCAAUAUUUUAGCAGUAUCCCAGCAGGGGACACCAGAGCAGGACUAAACUACAGACGACCCCACCUAUAAGGAAUGUGGGUCAUCUUGUUGUUGGUAUGUGUGUGGCUAGUUUGCUACUUUGGUCUGGGCGGGCCUAUACGGAAUGUGUGGCGAAAGGUGGGUGGAUGUGGGUAUAUGUUGGGAGCCUGGUAGACGAUGUAGAUCUCUAACUGAAAGCAAAUCUGCAUUGUCGAUCACAUAAAAACAUUGAUACUUAUUGAAAUCAUUGCUUUAAGAUUUACAUUCAUUGAUGGUGUUAGUAGAGCUCUGUAUGGAACAUUUGCUUGAAUAAAACAGAUUGAAAUA